CAAACAAAAAACAUGGUUAACGUGUAACAACACAGAGCCACACAAGUGCGAGUGUAUUCCACGCUCUUUCCAUCAACGCGUACCUUCGUCUUACCAUUUUAACUUUUUUUUUUUUUCUUGUUUCUUACAAUCAUUUUCACAAAUCUCUUCGAUGAAGCUUCAUUCUCCUCUUGAUUUGAUCUCUUUGAAAAACGACGAAUCAAACAAACCCUAGAGUCAAGUCAAUCAUGAUGAUAAAUACAAACCUGGAAGAUAAAGAAUCAACCUUGUGAAAAAAAAAAAAAACUUUUGAUUCCCUCUUCUUCUAAAAGCCAUGAAACCGAUUCAAUCUCCUUCUGGAGUAGCUUCACCUAUGAAGAACCGUUUACGCAAACGUCCUGACCUAAGCUUACCACUCCCACACCGCGACGUCGCUCUCGCCGUACCUCUCCCUCUCCCACCUCCUUCUUCCUCUUCAUCCGCUCCGGCGUCUUCCUCCGCGAUCUCAACCAACAUCUCCGCCGCUAAAAGCUUAUCCGAGCUAGAACGAGUGAACCGAAUCGGAAGCGGAGCCGGAGGAACGGUUUACAAAGUAAUCCACACUCCGACGUCACGUCCUUUCGCUCUCAAAGUGAUUUACGGAAACCACGAAGAUACCGUGAGACGUCAGAUCUGUAGAGAGAUCGAGAUCUUAAGAAGUGUUGAUCAUCCAAACGUUGUGAAAUGUCACGAUAUGUUUGAUCAUAACGGUGAGAUCCAGGUUUUGCUUGAGUUUAUGGAUCAAGGAUCUCUUGAAGGAGCUCAUAUAUGGCAAGAACAGGAAUUAGCUGAUCUCUCUCGUCAGAUUCUUAGUGGAUUAGCUUAUCUUCAUCGUCGUCAUAUCGUUCAUCGUGAUAUCAAACCUUCGAAUCUUCUUAUAAACUCAGCUAAAAAUGUGAAAAUUGCUGAUUUUGGUGUGAGUAGGAUCUUGGCACAAACAAUGGAUCCUUGUAAUUCAUCUGUUGGUACUAUUGCUUAUAUGAGUCCUGAGAGGAUUAAUACUGAUUUGAAUCAUGGUCGUUACGAUGGUUAUGCUGGAGAUGUUUGGAGUUUAGGUGUUAGUAUCUUGGAGUUUUACUUGGGGAGGUUUCCUUUUGCUGUGAGUAGACAAGGUGAUUGGGCUAGUCUUAUGUGUGCUAUUUGUAUGUCUCAGCCACCUGAAGCUCCGGCUACGGCGUCUCAGGAGUUUCGUCACUUUGUUUCUUGUUGUUUACAGAGUGAUCCUCCUAAGAGAUGGUCAGCUCAACAGCUUUUGCAGCAUCCUUUCAUACUUAAAGCUACCGGUGGUCCUAAUCUCCGUCAAAUGUUGCCGCCGCCUCGUCCUCUUCCUUCUGCCUCUUAGUGUUUCUACCAUUUUCGUCUUUCUUGUUUUUCAAUUUUUCGUAGUUUUUCCUGACAUUUUUCCAUAAGUUUUGCAUACCCCAAGCAAAGAUAAUGAGAAGAGUAGAAGAACAAUGUGGUUUGUGAUUGGGGUAUGAGUCGUCAGGAAGAAACUCAGUUUGUGGUUAGGGUUUAUUGAGUCUUUAUCUUAUGCUGCUAAGCUUGAUUUGUCUUAUGGGUAAUGAAGAAUGUUUUGCUAGAAAUGGAAACAAAAAAAUAGACAAGAAGAAUUCUUAUGGUUUAAGAGUGAUUUUAGCUGGAUUUGCUUAUAUUAUUGUUUAUAUAAGGAAGUAAAUGGAGGAUCUUUCAUUGGAUAAUUCUCAUUAAUAAAGCUUCUUCCUUUAAUUCUCUUUAUGGUUUUCUAGUUUCCGUCUUGUGAACAUUACAAAGGCUACCCUAGUGCCUACUGCGUUAUUUUUUCUUUGCCAGUUAUGGUCUAAUUAUUGCGGUAAAAGUUGAAAGCUUGUUUAGGAACUUUUGUUUGAACGAAAUCAUGUGAUGCUCUUGCAAUUGGUCAAAUUCAGAAAGCUUUCAUUUGGUUCCAUCUUUGAGCAUGCAUCAUGCAUGUAAACAUCAGCUAUUCACCUUGUUUCUGCUUCUCGUUCUCUCUCUCUCUCUCUCUCUCUCUCUCCCAAUGGUUUUGUGUUCAGUAUCCGUCAAAUUGCCUUGAUGUUUUAGUGUGAUUAGGAAUGUAACUCUCAACUGUCCAGGUCAGAUUCUAGGUUCUUCAGCAUCUACUCAAAAAAGUCUACCUUAUGGCUAGGAAUCUAGCUCUCAAGUGUCCUAUUGGUCUUGACUUCUAACCACAUUAGACCUUUCCGCUGGGCGGCUGGGCCACGUCUUUCUCUGCAGGUUUGCUGAAGUUUGUGCUGAUUGAUUCACCUGAAUACUUGAAGCAUUCAGCUUGCAGAGGAGGAUAACUUUGAGUGUGUGUCCCAGUACAUAAGUCUACCCAGCGUAAUCACUUCUCAUUGUCGCUUUUGUGGUUAACUGAGACCCUUGAGAUCU